CUGUCGCAUCGCAUCUCCUGCUCGCCUCUUCCCUCCUGUUCCAUGUGCCUGCCAUACAACCAGUUCCUCUGAGCUCGUGUGAUCUCCCGAAUCCCUUCCGAGCCGCAACGACAGACUCAACCCAAUGGCGUCCGCCACGCUUCUUCCGGCUGCGGCCAACCUCAAGCUCAACGGCCUGUGCGCGUCCCAGCCUCGCCUCGCCUCUUCCGCUGCGUCGCUCGCAGCGUCCAAGCCUCAAGCCCAGCCGAGCCGUCGUCGCCUCGCAGCUGCGCCCGCCGUGAUCCGCGCCGACGCCGCCCCCGCGGACGCCGCGGCGGUGCCGCCCGCAUGGCCGGGGCGGGCGGAGGCGCCGGCAUCGCCGCACGACUGGGCCGCCCCGAAAGCGAUAUCGCUGAUCGGGUCGACCGGCUCCAUCGGCACGCAGACGUUGGACAUAGUGGCGGAGCACCCCGACAGGUUCAGGGUCGUCGCGCUGGCCGCCGGCUCCAACAUCGCGCUCCUGGCGCAGCAGGUGCGCCAGUUCCAGCCGGCGCUGGUGUCGGUGCAGAACCCCGCGCUGGUGGGGGAGCUGAAGGAGGCGCUCGCGGGGCUGUCGCCCAUGCCCGAGAUAGUGGCGGGGGACGCGGGGAUCGUGGAGGUGGCGCGGCACCCUGACGCAGAGACAGUGGUGACGGGCAUUGUGGGGUGCGCCGGACUCAAGCCCACGGUGGCGGCCAUUGAGGCGGGCAAGGACAUCGCCCUGGCCAACAAGGAGACGCUCAUCGCGGGCGGGCCGUACGUGCUGCCGCUCGCCAAGAAGCAUGGCUGCCACAUCCUGCCCGCCGACUCCGAGCACUCCGCCAUCUUCCAGUGCAUCCAAGGGCUGCCAGAGGGUGGUCUGCGCCGCAUCAUCCUCACCGCCUCCGGUGGCGCCUUCAGGGACUGGCCCGUGGAGAAGCUCAAGGACGUGAAGCCGGCGGACGCACUGAAGCACCCCAACUGGAGCAUGGGGCGCAAGAUCACCGUGGACUCCGCCACCCUCAUGAACAAGGGGCUGGAGGUGAUUGAGGCGCACUACCUGUUUGGCGCGGACUACGACAACAUCGACAUCGUCAUCCACCCGCAGAGCAUCAUCCACUCCAUGGUGGAGACGCAGGACUCGUCGGUGCUGGCGCAGCUGGGGUGGCCCGACAUGCGCCUGCCCAUCCUCUACACGCUCUCCUGGCCCGACCGCGUGCCCACCUCCGAGAUCACCUGGCCCCGCCUUGACUUCAUCAAGAUGGGCGACUUGACGUUCCGGGAGCCCAACCGCGACAAGUACCCGUCCAUGGACCUGUCAUACGCGGCGGGGCGGGCAGGCGGUACCAUGACGGGCGUGCUGAGUGCGGCCAACGAGCAGGCGGUGGAGAUGUUUCUCGACGACAAAAUCUCCUACCUGGACAUCUGCCGGGUCAUCGAGAGCACAUGCGACCGCCACCGCAACGACCUUGUGGUAGCGCCGUCGCUGGAGGACAUCGUGCACUUCGACCAAUGGGCGCGCGUCUACGCCGCUGAGGUGGCGUCCAAGCUCAGCACCGUCUCUGUCUGAAACCGCGCAGGGCAAGCCAAUUGCACUUCCUUCACUCUGGAUACCGGUAGAUGACAGUUUUGGGAUAGCUUUUACUUGUAGCUAAUAUAUGUAGCAAUAUGUUUAUCAUGACCGGGUGUAUCGGUUUUAGUUCUAUUCUACUACCGUAUGAGUCGCAAAUUUCGCGCCUGUGCCUCUUCCUAUCCCUGCAACGUUAUUCAUCCCAACACGAUCGUCCACGCGUUAGUCCGACAUCUGUAGUCCCUCCCGGGGAACACGUCCGAGGUGCUAGAAAACUUGCCAACACGAGUAGGCGGUAGAGAACUGUCCCCGAGUCGCGAUCGCGCCACCCGCGUCUCCACGUAGCUGUCCUCCGCACUCCUCGCCGCCGCACUCCGCGCACCCAAUUCACAAUGCCUCCAGGUGCCACGUGCCUCCAGGUGCCACGUGCCUCCAGGUGCCACGUGCCUCCACUCCUCGCCCGCACCCCCUAAUUCAC